GGGCGCGCUCGACGGGAACCCACGUGACACCCGCGCGCGUGCCGGGCGGGCUGUGGUUGCGAACGUCGGGCUGCUGGACUCGCGGACGCGCUCGAGGCCGAGCCCGCGCCGACCUCCCCCACCCCCACUUCCAGCGCGUGUUUGGUAGCUGGCGCUGACGUCCAGUGGUGCGCGUGCGCAGUGCCACGUCCGUGUUGGGAAAGCGGAGCGGAGGCCCGAAGGAGCGGCGGUGGUGUGAGUGAGAUAGAUAGAUAGAUAGAUAGAUAGAUAGGGAGAAAAAUUGUGAGUGAGGGAAGCCUGCAAUGGCUGGGCAGCAGUUCCAGUACGACGAUAGCGGCAACACCUCCUUUUAUUUUCUCACAUCUUUCGUGGGACUUCUCGUCAUCCCGGCCACUUUCUACCUCUGGCCCAAAGACCAGAACGACGAGGAACGCAGAAUAAAAACAUUAGGAAAAGUACAUAGAAAAUGCUUAUGGUACCAGUUGCGGUCAGGAAAAUCAAGUCACAGUUCGAUUCCCACAUUAAAAAAAAUAGGACUGAUUUCUGGAUGGAUACUACUCUGCUGUCUUUUAUACAAAGUCUCUAUAAUAGAGAACAGAGAAAAAGAAUACAACCCAUAUGAAGUGCUUGGGGUAGACCCUGGAGCCUCUGUGGCAGAAAUCAAAAAACAGUACCGCCAGUUGUCACUUAAACAUCACCCAGAUAAAGGAGGCGAUGAAGUCCUGUUUAUGAGGAUUGCGAAAGCCUAUGCUGCUUUAACAGAUGAAGAGUCUCGUAAAAAUUGGGAAGAAUAUGGCAAUCCAGAUGGUCCACAAGCUACUACUUUUGGUAUAGCCCUUCCUUCAUGGAUCGUAGAUCAGAAGAACUCCAUGCUGGUUUUGGCUGUGUAUGGAUUUGCAUUCAUGGUGAUUCUUCCAGUGGUUGUGGGAACAUGGUGGUACCGUUCUGUUCGAUAUAGUGGUGACCAGAUUCUUAUUCACACAACACAGCUGUACAUGCAUUUUUUGAACAGAACCCCCAAUAUGAACAUGAAACGCCUUAUAAUGGUACUAACGGCUGCCUUUGAGUUUGAUCCACGCAGUAACAAAGAAGCAGUCAUGAGACCAACAGACAAUGUUGAAAUACCUCAGCUUAUUCGAGAACUUGGUAAUGUCAAUGAGAAGAAGAAAGAACUUCCAUUUUGUUUACCAUACAGUGUAAAAUCCAGAGUUUUGCUGCUUGCGCAUCUUUCCAGGCUGGAAAUCUGUCAAACUCUGGAAGAAGAUUACUGGUUUGUAAUACGGAAGUGUCCUGUCCUCCUCCAAGAAAUGAUUAAUGUUGGAUGCCAGCUGACUCUGAUGGCCAAUACCCGAGGUGGAAUCCACGCUCCCCGUUUGGAGUCCAUUGAGAACUGUAUGAAGCUGUCACAGAUGUUGGUGCAGAGCCUAUGGGAAUCUAAAUCCCCUCUACUUCAGCUUCCACUUUUUGAAGAGGAAAAUCUCAAAUAUUGUUUGUCUAAAAAGUACAAAGUCCGAACAAUUCAAGACUUGGUUAGCAUGAAAGAUGCUGAUCGUCGUAAUAUGUUGCGUUUCCUGAGCGAGGAGAAAUAUGGUGAGGUCAUGGCAGUACUUGGGAGCUUCCCACAUGUUAGCAUGGAUAUAAAGCUGCAAGUUUUGGAUGAUGAAGACAGCAGCAACAUUACUGCAGGAUCAAUUGUCACUGUCACUGUGACGCUUAGCAGAGAGGAUAUGGCUGCCAUCUUUGAAAAGGAACAAGAACAUGGUGCUUGUAUAAAUGAAGAGCAGGACACUGAUGACAUACAAGGAACUGGUGGUGCUAAAAGUAAAAAGAAAGCCUGGCAGAAGAAUAAAGGAACCAAGAAACCCCCUAAAUCUAAGAAAAAGAAACCAACCAAAAAGAAGGGAGCCACUCAGCCAACACAACAGCAGCCAACGGAGCAACAGAAGCAGAAACAGAAGCACAGUCAAGCUAAUGGCUCAGUUGUAGCAGGCAAUGAUCCAUCAAACCGAGAUGAGGAUGAGGACGAUUUAUCAGAUAAAGGGAGUGAUUCUGAAGAAGAGACAACUAACAAAGAUUCCCAGAGUGAGAAGGAAGAUGACAGUGACAAAGAAACAGAACACGAAGAGAAGGAUGAUGAAGCUGAAUGGGAAGCACUACAGCAAAGUAUCCAAAGAAGAGAGAGAGCCCUACUUGAAACCAAAUCAAAGAUCACCCACCCAGUACAUACACUAUAUUUCCCUGAGGAGAAACAAGAAUGGUGGUGGCUCUAUAUAGCGGACAGAAAAGAACACGUGCUAAUAUCGAUGCCGUGUCAUGUAUGCACUCUCAAAGAGGAGGAGGAGAUUGAAUUGAAAUUCCCUGCGCCAUAUAAACCUGGCAAUUAUCAAUACUUUGUAAUUCUGAGGUCCGAUUCUUACAUGGGUUUAGAUCUAAUCAGGCCAUUAAAGUUUGAAGUCCAAGAGGCCAAGCAAGUACCAGAAACUCAUCCACAGUGGGAUAUUCCAGAGACGGAAGAGGAGGAGGAGGAUCAGGAAGACAGCGAAGGAAUUGAGGAUAGUGAAGAAGAGGAAGAAGAAAAUGAUUAAGCUAAUUAGUCCUCUUUCUCAACAACAACAACACAAAAUGUUGCACACAGUUCCAACAACUGCUAUUCUGAUUAAUGUAACCAUGUACAAGAAAUAAAAAGGGGGAAGAAAAGGAACAUGGUAUCCAGUCCGUGUCAGUAAUUUCAGCAAUAGGCCGUGCAGUUUUUGAAAAUGUGUUUGCGACACGUACUCUAAAGCACAGGGGUUCUGUUGUCUGACACAGCGCCAUGACACCUUUUAUGAGAGUGCCCUUAAUGCCGCUUAAACUAUGUGUGGAAAAUGGGGGAAUUAUUGCUUUCAUAAUCAUUUUGUUUCUUUUUCCCAUUUCUUCCCUCUCCAAAAGAUUGAAUAGAUUUUUCACUACAAAAAAAGAACUGCACCUGAGAGCCAAGUUGUAUCCUGUACUAAACUCUGGAACUGCUUUGGGACCAUGUUUGAAGCUUUUAUUUAGUGUUCAACCACAGUCAGGAUAAACUAAUGGAUGAUCGACUUUACUGCAAGUGUUAACAGGUCUAAAGAGUUUGAGGUUUAGUUAGUAUGGAUUAGCACGAACUUUUAAUCAAUAAUACACAAAAACUACCAUUCAAUUGACUGGUCAGAUUGGGGAAAAAACUGUUGUAUACAUUUCUGCUACUUUUGUUUACAUGAUAUUAUAAAUGGGGAAAUAUAUCCGUCUAUAUUCUUUGUAUUUAAAAUAGUUGCAAAUAAAAUGGCAAAUGUUUUUAAAAUGUAA